UCCAUACGGCUUUCAAACGUCUCUCGAACUAACGCUCAACCAUGCAGUCAACAGCAAGUCUUCGUUUUGGUCUUUUGAUAUCCUUGAUUUUGGUCACCGGAACGCAAGGACAAUACGACAUUUACGGGGAUUAUGGUUCAUAUGGUUUUGACCCUCAGGACUAUAUUUAUGGGGAUAAUAGCUACGGUAGCAACUGCCCACCGAAUGGAAAACCAGUUUGUGCCACUUCAGGAUACGAUUACCAACUAUUUUCUAGUAAAUGUGAACUGGACUCCAACAAUAUGAAGCGUCUCUUCACGGGCAAUGCUGAAAUGACCACCACCGACUUGUUCUAUUGUACAUCAAAGAGUUCAUCGUCAUCUCAAUAUUAUUCACAAGUCUAUUCGAAUGCUGCGCCGGCAGCAUAUGGUGUGAAUACUGAUACAAGAUCUUUUGCCUAUGCGGCAGCAAGUGGCAUGUAUGGAGCAAAGGCAAUUGCCGAAGCACCUGGACCAUAUCAAGUUUAUAGCCAACAAAGUGGAUCUGCUUAUAAGCCAUAUGGUUUGAAAUAUCAAACAACAACGGCUGCCACCUCAACGGCUGCUUCCACAACGGCUGCCACCUCAACGGCUGCUUCCACAACGGCUGCCGCCUCAACGGAUGCUUCCUCAACCACUGCUACACCCACAUAUACCUAUCCCACUUAUCCUACUUAUCCAACAACGACAUCGACAACAGCAGCAACUACAACAACUACAGCGAAUCCAAGCACAACGACAACAACCGCAGCGCCAACAUCGACAACGACCACGACGACAACUGCAGCACCAACUACAACGACUACAACAACAGCAGCAACGACAACAACCACAGAACCAACAACGACAACGACGGCUGCAACAACAACUACCGCUGCAACGACGACAACAACAGCAGCAACGACAACAACCACAGAACCAACGACGACAACGACGGCUGCAACAACAACAACCGCUGGAACUACGACAACAACAGCAGCAACGACAACAACCACAGAACCAACGACGACAACGACGGCUGCAACAACAACAACCGCUGGAACUACGACAACAACAGCAGCAACGACA